ACCGGAAGUUACAGCCUCUAGUUUCAGUUUCUGCACAUCUAGCUGAUCUGAUCUGAUGUGAUCUGAUCUGCUGCUGUUUCACUGAAUAACUUCAGAUUAUGAGUUUUAACAGACCUGAUGUGGAUUUGAGCAACAGCCUGGAGAAUGUUCCUGUUUUAACUGAGAGGAGUUCAGCUGUUAUGACGCUUCCUGAGUUCCAGUAUUCCCCAGAUAAUAUUCAAGGACCAGGAUGCACUGUUGACCCCAGUGAAGUCACCCUUCCUGGAUGCUCCUGCCGUUCCCACUCCUGCUUCCCUGAGAACUGCUCCUGCCUGCAGACACACGGCCAGGCGUACGACAGCACCGGCACACUGCUCACCCUCAGCAGAACAAACUCUGGCUACUGCUCGCCUGUGUUCGAGUGUAAUGCCCUUUGCACCUGCAGCGACGCCUGCUCUAACCGGGUGGUGCAGAGAGGGUUGAGACUCAGGUUGGUGGUUUACGGCACAGAGAACAGGGGCUGGGGAGUACGGACACUAGAGGCGAUCCCCUGUGGGACGUUCGUGUGCGAGUACGCAGGAGAGGUGAUCAGUUUCGAGGAGGCCAGACGCAGACAGCUCGCCCAGAGAUCCGAGGAAAAUAACUACAUCAUUGCAGUGAGGGAGCAUGCAGGCACGGGCUCCAUCACUGAGACGUUUGUGGACCCUGCCACGGUGGGAAACGUAGGCCGCUUCCUCAACCACUCCUGCCAGCCCAACCUGUUCAUGCAGCCGGUCCGUGUGCACUCUGUGGUUCCCAGGCUGGCGCUGUUCGCCGGACGGGACGUUGAUGCACAGGAGGAGCUGACGUUUGACUACUCGGGAGGAUACAGUAACCAGCCUCCUGUAGAGCUGCUGUCCACACAGAGUGACGCUGCCAUAGAGGCCAGUAGGACAGAUGGACUCCAGAGGAAAGAGUGCCACUGUGGUGCCAACAACUGUGUCCAGUUCCUUCCACUGGAUUUAUCUAUUAUUAACGGAAAUGAUUGACAUUAAAUUUCAUAUCACGUUUGUUUUUUAUCUGAAUGUCAAGUUGUUUUUCUAAAUGAUGGAGAAAAGAUUUUCACCCUUUCUCACGAUUUCCUUUUAAAAAAAUUAUCUAUUUAGUGACGUCUUGGUCUGUUUUCAGUUUCCCCAACAUCUCGGUUAAUUCAACCGCUCAUUAGAACGAGACAAUGCAACUCGUUGAUUGCUCUGCAAACACAAUCAGCUGGAUGAGUCACUUCUGAGCCUGUCAUUGUUUCCUGUUUGGUCCCCGGCGGUGUCUCCUGAUCUGCCACCGUCUCCCACUCGAUUCAGAUGUCCCUGGAAUCCCCAUGGCAACCAGCGAUGUGUACAGGAGGUGAUUUGGACAGCAGCGGUUGGUUCGGAGGUUCACGGCGAAGGCUGCUCUCAAAUCCUGACUGUUGAAGAGCUGCAGUGUAAAAUGAAUGGCUCCUUUCCAGGACGGUCACCUAGCAACCAACAGUUAAUCACAUGAGGUGAACUUCCCCACCGAACCCGCUCCACACCCCCUCCAUACAAACACAAACAUGUCAAGGACGCCUUACAAUGCGGGAGCACUGUAUUUUGAGAGUGACAACAGACCGUUAGUGUGUCUUGCAUCUCAGAAAAUAAUACAUGUUUUUAGAAGACUGUCUGAAUGGUACUGGAGGUAUAAUUGGUGGCUGUGCUUUGUGGUGGCUUCAACUUGAACACUCAAUAUUGCAUCAUGAUGUUUCAUACCAAAGUGACCAGAGAGGCAUAAGAACAAAUGUUAUGAUUCUGUCCUUAAAAUGGAGCUUGUUGAGUUUUGGUCAUUUCAAAGAGAUAUAUGACCUAAAUAUGUAUUUCACUUUUAAAUAAAAAAAA